AUGGAAACUCCAAAAGAGAAUCUUAAGGCAGCACAACAGGAAAAUAAACACGAGAAGAAGAAGCAAGGGAAGAAGGAGAAGAGCAAAAGUGAGGGUAUAGAGGGCAGGAUCCAGAACCAUGCUAACAAAGAACAAAUGAGGAAGGAUAACCAAAAAGCCAUCCCUGAACCCAUCAAGCAGGCUACCAAAUCUCCUGUUUCCCAGGGAGGAAUAAACAAUGCUAACCAAAAGCAAAAGGAAGUGGAAAAUCCAUCUACCAUUGUUGCUUCUCCUGCUGCCACCCCUAAACAAGGUAAGCAUAAUGGAUCCAAGUCAACUCAGGAAACAAGCAAGAAAGGGAGUAGUAAAGGGCCUUCAUUGGAUGCUAACACAGGUCAUCAACCAAAAAUGAAGAAGAUGACCAUGGGGAAUGAUGAAAGAAUGUUCCCCAAGGAAAUACCUAAGACCCCAAGUGGUGGGAUUGGGAAGCCGAGGAAAAUCGAAUUUGGACCUCAACAGGAAGAAAGGAGGCCAGUGCCAGAGAAUGCUAAUGCCCUAGGGGAUACUGUCAACAGUGUGCCAGGGGAGCAGGGGACGACAAUGGCCGUUGACCAAAGAUAA